UUGCGCUGUACGUCAGCAGUGCUGCUGAACUGGAGCUCGGCACCAACAACAACCAUCCGCUGGACGUUGCUCUGCUCCGAGGGGCUUCAUCUGAUCGAGAUUUGGGCUCGCAGACAUGGCUUCCGACGGCAUGGACGAGCGCUCUCCGCUUCUGUCGGGCCCCAACUCCGAGAAUGUGACCCCCACUGCGCCCCCGUACCUCCAGGACUCCAGCCCCCGAGCUGAACUACCUCCUCCGUACACAGCCAUUGCCAGUCCAGAUGCCGGUGGGGUGCCAGUCAUAAACUGUCGUGUCUGUCAAUCGCUCAUUAACCUGGACGGCAAACUGCACCAGCACGUGGUCAAGUGCACUGUCUGCAACGAGGCUACGCCUAUUAAGAAUCCCCCAACUGGAAAAAAGUAUGUGCGGUGUCCCUGUAACUGUCUGCUCAUUUGUAAAGACACAUCCAGGAGGAUAGGAUGUCCUCGGCCAAACUGUAGACGCAUUAUAAACCUUAGCCCAGUCAUGGUGAUCCCAGAGGAGCAGCCAGCUCAGCCUGCGCUGCCCAUCCAGCCAGAGGGGAUGAGAGUGGUCUGUGGCCACUGUGGAAACACUUUUCUGGGCAGUGAGGACGCCAAGUCAUCUCAGCCAAUGUCUGGCCUUUCCAGCGAUGGCUCUCCCCCAGAACAGCAACAGUGGAUGGAGCUCCGGUUUAACACACUAGCCAAGUGUCCCCACUGCAAAAAAAUAUCGUCUGUCGGAAGUGCACUCCCCAGGAGGCGCUGUUGUGCUUACAUUACAAUAGGAAUGAUCUGCAUUUUCAUUGGUGUGGGUUUAACUGUGGGCACUCGGGACUUUGCCAGUCGAUACAAUGCCAUGUAUGUGUCCUGGGCCUUUGCUUACCUGCUGGGCCUCAUCUGCCUGAUACGAGCCUGCUACUGGGGAGCCAUCAAAGUCAGCUAUCCCGAGAACAGCUUUGCCUAAUGCAUCUAACCUGAUACUUCAACAUGAACUGGAGGAUCAAGUUUUAGUUUUUUCAUCUUGUCUGAUUGUCUGAAAGGAUUCAGAGGAUGACUCAAAUGAUGGAUGUCUGUCCCUUACAAACAAACUGUAUUUUGACCUGCGUGCUCCGACGGAUCAGAAAAAUCCCGGUUUCAAGAAAUAUUUUUCCUUCUAAUAACUGUGAUUCAUUUCUUUUUUUGGAGGAAUUCCUGAAUCGGCUCGGCCUGGAUAGUUUAGCAGACUUUGGACUUGCUUUCUGCCAUGUUUUUUCAGCAGUCUGAUCCACUUAUGUAUCUUCAAACUGCCCAGACCAAAAUACAUAAGAAACCCAUUGCACUUUGAUUAUAUGCAAUUUUACAUGUUGUUUUGCUGCUUGUUUGACUCCCAAUUGUAGACCUUUGCAUACACUGUAUAUUGUGUACAUUGGCAUAUCACAGCUAAGUGAUUUUAACCUGAGAUGAUUUUAAAUGAAAAUGCCCUUAAAAUGCCCGGUGUGCCAAUUUUGACAUCCAGUGCAAAUCAGAUUAACAUGUUUUUAUUUUUGUGCCAUGCAGCUCUCCAUUUUACAGCAAUAACCACUUUUUGUUAGCUCCUCCUACCUCUCACUCCAGUGUAUGAUGGCAGUUUAUGGUUUAUAUUUGCAUGAUAUCUACAUAAGUUGCAGUUGUGCCGUUACUUCCGUCAGAAGUAGCUUGGUAUUCUUGUUCGGCCUGCGACUGUAGGAGUCCCAUUGCUUGUAGAUGACCUCCAGUGACCUCUGCGCUCGCCAAAUUAGCUAACAUCAGUAACAUUGCUAUAAGCUAAUAACAGCAUCUUGAUGUCAACCAUUGAGUACACACUGGUAACCAUGUUUUGAAUGUGAUGAAAUUAUACAAUAUAAAACUGCUCUUUGUACAUAGUUCAAAUCCAGUAUGUGGAAAAGUGUAGUGUGGCGAAAGGUAAAAUGAAAUCUUGGGUCUUUUUAAAAAUGAUAAUUUAUCAAUAAAAAUUUAAAAUGGUAAUAA